AUGAGGGGGUUGAUUUUAGCCCUCGUUUUAACCCUUGUGGGGAGCCAGCAUCUUAAUUAUCAACCUGAUUUCAGUGAAAACAAGGCUUAUACGUAUAAUUAUGAAAGUGUGCUUCUCAGUGGACUUCCAGAGAAAGGACUUGCCAGAGCUGGAAUAAGAAUAAAAAGUAAAGUGGAAAUUAGUGGUAUUGGGCCAAAACUUUGUCUUAUUAGGAUUCACUCAAUCGAAGCAGCAGAAUACAACGGCAUCUGGCCUACAAGCUCAUUCUCUCGGUCACUUAAACUGACGCAGGCGCUAACAGGACAAUUAAGUAAUCCCAUCAAAUUUGAGUAUAACAAUGGCCAUGUUGGAAACCUUAUGGCUUCUGAGUCUGUCUCAGAAGAUGGUCUUAACAUCUAUAGAGGGGUUCUGAAUGUGCUCGAGCUGAGUAUAAAGAAGAUGCAGAACUCAUACAGCUUACAGGAGGCUAGCAUCGGAGGAAUUUGUAAUACUACCUACGCAAUUCAGGAAAACAAGAGAGCAAACCUAAUCUAUGUGACCAAAUCCAAGGACCUGAACAGCUGUGAAGAGAGAGUUCAAAUGGUCACUGGUUCAGCAUACACUCAUCCUUGCCGGACCUGCCAGCAGAGAAACAAGAAUUCCCGGGCAACUGCUACUUACAAUUACAAAGUUAAAUAUGCACGUAAUGAAGCUGUAAUUACACAAGCUGAUGUUGAGGAAAUCCACCAGUUUGCACCCUUCAAUGAGAUAACAGGAGGAAAUGCUAUAGUAGAAGCAAGGCAGAAACUUGCAUUGACUGAUGUUCAAAAGCACAUGGUUGAGAUCCCGCCAAAAGAAUUCUGGAAACGUGGGUCGCUUCAGUACCAGUUUGGCAGUGAAUUGCUUCAGCUUCCUGUCCACUUAUUCAAAAUAGAAAAUGUGGAAAGCCAGAUAGCAGAAAGCCUGCAAGACCUCAUAGAGAGCACAUAUGAACAGGUUGCCAGUGACGCACCUGCAAAAGCCCUCAAGCUUAUGCACCUUUUCCGUGCAGCAAAUGAGGAGAAUUACGAGUCAGUAUGGAAACAGUUCUCAAGCCGACCAGCAUACAGGCGCUACCUUUUGGAUAUAGUUCCUGCAGUUGCCACUCAUCGUGCGCUGAGGUUCUUAAGGCGUAAAAUGGAAAGGCAAGAACUCACCAACUGGGAAGCAGCUCAGACAGUGCUUGUGGGUUUGCACUCAAGCGUGCCAACUCGUGAUGUGAUGGAGGAAGCCACACUCAUCGUGAAAAAACAUUGCCCACGCUCAAGUACUGUACUUGGAAAGGUUUGCCAUCUUAGCUAUGCAUCACUGUGCCAUAAACAGUGCUCCUCAUCAGAUUCCUGCUCUGAAUGUCUCCAGCUACUUCAUGGCUUUGCAGGAGAGGCAUUGAGCAAGUCUAACACAGAAGAAAUUUCCCUGGCCUUGAAAGCCCUUGGGAAUGUGGGACAUCCAGCUAGCAUCAAGCACAUCAAAAAAUUUUUGCCAGGCUAUGCAGCUGGUGCCUCAGAUCUGCCGCUCAGGGUUCAUGCAACUGCUGUGAUGGCCCUGAAAAACAUAGGCGUGAGAGACCCAAAAAUGGUACAGAUUAUUACUCUUGAGAUUUUCCUGAAUCACAAAAUGCAUCCUCGGCUCCGAAUGUUAGCUGCCUUAGUUUUGCUUGAAAGCAGGCCAGGUCUUCCUAUACUGAUGACAUUAACUGAUGCUGUGCUGAAGGAACCUAGCAUGCAAGUUGCAAGUUUCAUGUAUUCUCACCUGAGGGCUCUGGGUAGAAGCACAGCUCCAGAUCUUCAAGCAAUGGCUUCUGCCUGCAGAAUGGCUAUUAGAGUAUUAAGCCCCAAAUUUGACAAAUCUGGAUAUCAAUUCAGCAAGGUUUUCCGCUUCAGUAUGUUCAAAGAGUUUCUUAUGACUGGACUGGCAGCUAAAUAUUUAGUAUUGAAUAAUGCAGGCAGCAUAGUUCCAACAAUGGCAAUGUCCCAGCUGCGGACACAUUUCUUUGGAAGAGUUGCUGAUCCCUUGGAGGUGGGAAUAACAGCUGAAGGACUGCAGGAGAUGUUUGCUAAAGGUUACUCCCCUGACCAGGACUGGACGACUGACUAUGACUUCAAGGAAAUCCUGAAAACGCUUUCUGACUGGAAGGCCCUCUCUAGUGACAAACCUUUUGUAUCAGGCUACCUGAAGAUGUUUGGCCAAGAGUUAUUCUUCGGCGGACUUGACAGAAACACCAUCCAAAAUGCACUGCAGGCAUGGUAUGGACCUGAUGAAAAAAUCCCUUCAAUAAGGAGAUUAAUCAGUAGCCUUCAAAGUGGUGUAGGGAGGCAAUGGACCAAGGCUUUACUGUCCUCUGAGAUCCGCCGUAUUGUACCUACCUGCACUGGAUUCCCAAUGGAGACAAGCUUCUAUUACACAUCUAUCACAAAAGUGGCAGGAAAUGUUCAAGCACAGAUUACACCUUCUCCAAAGUCUGAUUUCAGACUAACUGAGUUACUAAAUGCCAACAUUAGGCUGCAAUCCAAAGUGAGUCUAAGCAUGGCUAAGGACAUGACCUUUGUAAUGGGGAUCAAUACACAUAUGAUCCAGGCAGGACUGGAAGCGCAUACCAAAAUGAAUGCUCAUGUCCCUGUGAAUGUUGUUGCCACCGUCCAUAUGAAGGAAAAAAGUAUCAAAGUUGAAAUUCCACCAUGUAAAGAAGAAACUAACAUUAUUACUGUAAGGUCUAAGACAUUUGCUGUUACACGGAAUAGCGAGGAUUUGGCUGCUAGUAAGAUGACUCCAGUUCUUCUACCUGAAGCAGUACCUGACAUAAUGAAGAUGCCCUUCAAUUCAGAUUCUGCAUCAGGCGAGACUGAUAACAUCAGGGACAGACAGUCUGCAGAAGAUGUUUCAUCAGGAAAUUCCUUUUUCUUUGGACACUCAUCUUCCCGGAAGGAACCAUUUGUUCACUCCAUGUGCUCCAAUGCAAGUACUUUUGGAGUUCAAGUGUGCACUGAGAGGAAAAGCGUACAUGCAGCCUUUAUCAAAAAUGUGCCUCUUUAUUACCUAGUUGGAGAACAUGCACUUAGAAUGAGCUUCAAACCAGUCUAUACAGAGGCACCUAUUGAAAAAAUACAAGUCACGAUUCAAGCAGGGACCCAAGCUCCUACAAAAAUGGUACGCUUAGUAACAUUUGAAGAUCCAGAGACGCAAGUAUCUUCCAGCAAAGAAGCAAUUAAAAGAGUGAAGAAAAUCCUUGAUGAUACUGAUGACCAGGGAACAAGAAAAUUAAGAAGCUCAUCAUCCAGUGCCAGCAGCACCAGUGGAAGCACGGAGAGUGCAACAAGCAGCCCCUCUAGCAGUGACUCUGACAACAGGGCCUCACAGGGAGGCACCCAGAUAAAUCCGAAAACAAAACAGCCUAAAGCCAAAGGGAAGAAAUUCUAUCCCUUUGGGGACAGCGGUAGCAGCAGCAGCAGCAGUGGUAGCAGCAGCAGCAGCAGCAGUAGUAGCAGUGACAGCAGCAGCAGUAGCAGCAAGAGCAGUAGUAGUGGAAGUAGCAGCAGCAAAAGCAGGAGUAGCAGCAGCAGUAGCAGCAGCAAAAGCAGCAGUAGUAGCAGUAGCAGCAGUAGCAGCAGCAAAAGCAGUAGUAGCAGUAGUAAGAGCAGCAGCAGCCAAAGCAGUAACAGUAGCAACAGCAGCAGCAGCAGCAGCAGCAGCAAAGCAUCUGAUAUGAAACAUACGGGUAAAAAGCAUCCCAAGCCUGCGUCGUUUCCACGUGCCAGCACUGCUGACGGAGGGAGACGCAUUCACAACCAGAAGCCUAGAACACAGAGUAGCAGCAGUAGUAGCAGCAGAACCAGCAGCAGCAGAACCAGCAGCAGCAGCGAAAGUGCUAGUGUAUCCCAUCGCCACAGCAAGGAGCCCUCCAGCAAAUAUGACAGACGAGCUAAGACAAAACAUGUCAAGUCCCAAUUUAACAGUCACAGUAGUUAUGACAUUUCUACAGAAUGGGAGAAUCACCUUCCCAAAGUGUACCGGCUCCGCUUCAGGUCUGCUCACAUCCAUUGGGACACCUUUGGGCUAGAUACUGUACAGUACAGUGAAAGAAGCGCCGCCAGCGGCGGCAGCAGCAGCAGCAGCAGCAGCAGCAGUCUCCUGGGAAAUGCUGACGGCAGCUCUAAGAGGCACCACGUUAGCAAAGGAAUCGGCAUUCAUCACAGCAGUGGUUCCAGCCUAACACAUGAGCGCAACUUCCUGGGAGAUGUAAUUCCACCUGGCAUUACGAUUGUGGCACAGGCAGUAAGGAGUGACAACAGAAAUCAAGGUUAUCAAGCUACAGCAUAUGUUCGUUCUGAAGCUGCCAAAGUUGAUGUGCAACUAGUUGUGGUUCAGCUGGCUGAAACCAGCUGGAAAGCAUGUGCUGAUGCUGUAAUACUGCCUCUGAAAGCACAGGCCAGACUGAGAUGGGGCAAGGAGUGUCGAGACUACAGAAUAGAAGCCAGGGCUACCACGGGCCAGCUGGCGAGGAAACCGGCCGUUCAGCUGAAGGUGCAAUGGGGAAAUCUUCCGUCCUGGAUAAAGAAGACGGGCAUGGCAUUCAUGCAGUACGUUCCUGGAGCAGCACUCAUGUUGGGCUUCUCAGAAGCACAUCAGAGAAAUCCAUCUCAUGAAUUUAUAGUAAGGGCAGCUGCAACAUCUCCACGGACAAUUGAUACAGUAAUUAAAGUUCCAGGGGUAACGCUUUACUACCAGGCACUCCGAAUUCCAUUCACUCUGCCCUUAGGCCCAUCUCCAACUUACGAGACUCGAGAUAUUACUGCUUGGAAUUUCCUUCCUGAAAUAGCUUCACAAAUAGCACAAGAAGAUCAAUCCACAUGUGAAGUCAGUGAGGGAGAUUUCAAAACAUUUGAUCAUAUGAACCAUACAUAUUCUUUCAGUAAAAGCUGCAGCCUAAUAGUGGCCCAAGACUGUACCGAACAUCCAAAGUUCAUCAUUACUACAAAAAAGGUUGAUCCAAAGUCCUUCUCAAGAGAGGUUCACAUAAAUACAAGCUCAUUAAACAUCACAAUCUGUCCUGCACCAGAUUCAUCUCUCCUUGUGGCAUGCAAUGAAGAGCCAGUACUAACACACACUGGAGAUGCUGAGUAUGAAAAAGACAAUGUUAAAAUUUAUAAAAAUGGGACAACAGUUAUCGUGGAAGCUCCAACACAUGGACUGAAGAAUGUGACUUUUGAUGGGGUGAUCCUUAAGGUUACUGUUGCUUCAUGGAUGAGAGGAAAGACCUGUGGAGUUUGUGGAAAUAAUGACAGAGAAAAGCACAAUGAACUCGUAAUGCCAAAUCAUAAGCUGGCACACAGCUGUUCUGCUUUUGUUCAUUCAUGGGUAUUGCUAGAAGAAACCUGCUCUGGUGGGUGCAAACUACAGCGCAGUUAUGUGAAGCUGAAUCGAAAUCCUACUGUUGAUGGAGAAGAAUCUACGUGCUACUCUGUUGACCCAGUACUGAAAUGUAUGAAAGAUUGUACUCCAAUUGAAAAAGCUUCAGUUAAGGUUGGCUUCCACUGUUUCCCAAAAGAUACUGCUGUAAGCCUGCUAGAAUGGCAGAGAAGCAGUGAUAAGAAAUCUGCAUCUGAGGAUGUUGUGGAGUCUGUGGAUGCUGACAUUGAUUGUACCUGCACUGGCGACUGUAGUUAAGCUAAAUGUUUUAGUGUUGUGCAAUAGACGUACUAUACAAAUAAUUGAAUAGCUGGACAGAUAAGACGGCAGUGUAAUAGCUGUAGUAAAAUAUUGAGAAAUGUGUUUGAAGCAAAUAAGCCUACUGCAUUGCAUCCAAAGUCAAAUGCAAUUUGUACAGUCUGCACUGCUUAAUAAAUAUGUUGUUCGUUAAAUAAG